AAAAAAAGAAAACAAUAUGCUCUCGUGUCCCUCUUUCAUCAUAGCAAUGGCCCUAUCUAAUCACCGCUUUCUUCUUCCAAACUUUUCUCCAUACUUCCUCGUCUAAAUCUUUCAAUUAGGGUUUACACUCAUCAAUGGCAGACACACAAACCCUAAAUUAACCACACCAUCCAUCACCAUGGAGCCUCGUACUCACAGCAACGGUACCGCCACCGCAUCCGACGGCGCCAGCGCCGCCGUUCCGCCGCCUGCACCGCCGCCGAUGUCCAGUGUCAAUGCUCCGCCACCGUUCUUAGUGAAAACUUACGAUAUGGUUGAUGAUCCGGCCACCGAUAAGGUUGUUUCGUGGAGUGCUACGAAUAAUAGCUUCGUUGUGUGGGAUCCACCGGAGUUUGCUAGAGAUCUCUUGCCGAAAUACUUUAAGCAUAAUAAUUUCUCCAGCUUUGUUCGCCAGCUCAAUACUUAUGGAUUUAGAAAAGUCGAUCCCGAUCGCUGGGAAUUCGCCAACGAGGGAUUUCUGCGCGGUCAAAAACACUUAUUAAAAACUAUAGUCAGGCGAAAAUCAACUUCAGGACACCCGCAACCGCCUCAACAAACUCAUCAACAAACAUCCUCAGUUGGUGCAUGUGUUGAAGUUGGAAAAUUUGGUCUAGAAGAAGAAGUUGAGAGACUAAAACGAGACAAAAACGUUCUAAUGCAAGAACUCGUGAGGUUACGACAGCAGCAACAAUCAACAGAUAGUCAAAUGCAGUCAAUGGUUCAACGUCUUCAGGGAAUGGAACAACGACAGCAACAAAUGAUGUCGUUUUUAGCAAAAGCGGUUAACAGCCCCGGGUUUUUGGCUCACUUUGUACAACAGCAAAACGAAAGCACUCGUCUCAUUACAGAAGGGAAUAAAAAACGAAGGUAUAAAGAAGACGAAGUUAUUUCAAACGAACAUUCUUCCGAUGGAAGGAUUGUUAGAUACCAACCCAAGAUGAAUGAUGCUGCACAAGCAAUGCUUAAACAAAUCAUGAAACUCGAUAAUACGUCACGUUUAAAUCCUUUUAGUUCGGGAGUUACUCUUCAAGAUGUCACGCCACCAGCUUCGGGUCAAUCAUAUUUACCAGCAGUGACGGAUGUACUUUCGGCACCUCUAGAAGCGAAUUCCGGAGUGGUCGCAGCAGAUCAUUUCCCGGAUACAAGCCCGAUACUCGACAGUCAAGAUUUGUCCGAUGUGUCCGAGCUCUCACAGUUGCAAGAAAUGAUGACAGACGUCAACAUAUCCAGUGACAGUUACAUGAACGCCGAAGCACAGAAUCAAGCACUGAUGGAUGAAAAACUUGCGUUAGAUAUAGGGAGUUUUUCUCCUGAUGCUGACGUGGAAUGGGAUAGUAAUUUGCUGACGGAAAUGGAGAAAUAUCUGACCGCAUAUGACCCGUCUUGGGAGCAGUUUCUUGAACAGAAACCAGAGGGCGAUGCGAAUGAUGAAAUGGACUCAGGGACCGUGGCUGUGGAUGAUAAUAUGACGGAGGGAAGUGAAAGCAAGCUGUCGGAAACCGAGUUUGUUUCUUCAAAUACGAAAAAAAGUUGACUGUUUUUCGAAUAUGAUUUGGGGUAUAUGAUCAAAGUAAUAUAGUAGAUGUUCUACUCAUCAGUCUGUUGUGUUUUUGUGUUGACCUUAAAAGGAAGCUAAUGCUUGAUCAGCAUUUCCCUGUCUGUCCCCUGCAACUUUCUAUUUGCACGAGGUAGUUUUAUACUUGGUAUUUUAGACUCGGGUCAUGUCUUUCGAAAACACGUAUGAAAUCUCCUAACUUUUAUGUUUGGAGUGA